AUGGAAGACGAGCUAGUCAUUAAAAGGAAAUUACUCUUCGACGGAGAAGGACUGGGAGACGAACGUCGCUUGAACUUGCUGCAAAAGAUGAUAGCCAAGUGGAUUUUAUGCAACGAGCCCGAGGAAGACAAUUUGAACGUGUUUAACAGGAUAUGUUUCCAGCUCUCGGCAGUCGAGCACUCCCGACGGAAGUCGGAGCUACUCAAAAAAACUAAUCGAAAAGACCUGGACAGAUACGAGAGCUACAAAAACGACCUGGAGAGAAACAUAAGCGACAUCAACAAGACCAUAGAGGCCAGUAGAUCGCUGCUCUCGGAAGUGAAGAAAUUCAAACAGCAGAAAUUGAACUACGAUUUGAUCGCUAGGGAAAUUUCUUCGGAACCGUCGAGAGCCGAAACCUCCAAAAAUUUGGAGGAUGUGCGAGUUAAUUUAUUAGAAAUGAAAAACAUAGAGACGAAGGUAAAUGCAGAGUGGUCAGUCUUGAGGAAACAUUGUUCUUUGAUUGUUACGACUGCAAAUCAAUUGAAUUCCGUUAUCGAAGAUUCUAAAUACGAAUAA